AUGUCUUCCGUGCAGAAAUGCGAUGCAAAGCGACCAUACUGCUCCACGUGCAAGGCCACUAACAAGCAACAUCAGUGCAUGUACGAGUUCGAUGCACAGAAGAACCUCAUCCAGUCACUGCUCGCGCGGACUCGAGAGCUAGAAGAGCGUUUAGCGUCAACCUCUCGCCAGUCACCCGCCGAAUCCACGUCUUCUGGCGAAUCUGGCGUUCUUGCCGCCACGACAUCAGGUUCCUCCUCCGCUGAAGCCCUCCAACACGUAUGGAUCCCUCCGCCAGAACCUAUCGAUCGUCCCAUGACACCCCGCGCGACGCUUCAACAGUUCCGUGAAUUCCGACAAUUAUUCUUGAACUUCAGUUGCAUCGUCGGCUUGAAACUCAACGACCACGCUCAGCGAGCCUAUCUCGACGGUGAUUUCUUCAGCCCUCACGUCCACCCCGCCAUCAUCCACGUCGGACACCUGCUCGGAUGCAGCGUGUGGCAAGAGCGAAAUUUCACAGACUCUCUCAGCGUCAUGGAGACGUUCGAACUCGACUCCACGGUAAACCUUCUGAGCGAAGACACUGACCCCCUCGUCAGGCUCCCGGUGUACACAGCCCUCGUCCUCUACUUCACGAUCCGCUUUCAGCCCAUGCAGGCCAUGGAGAAUCUAGCGCUCGCUAACGAGCUUGUCCAUCGCCACAACAUACGCUUCACGACCUCCGACAUCAGGAUCUGGGAUCCGCUCAUCACGGACUCGGAGGAGGUAGAAGGGCACGAAGCGACCGUGUGCGCGCUCGGUGGAUUCUGGUACCACGCGCUGAGCCUGAACAUGGUGUACGGCGCCCCCCUCCACCUGCGCUCCGGAGAAGAGGACGAGUUCCUCUCGGUCCAGGUGAUGCACCCCGCGCUCUUCCGGUCCCAAACCGCGCUCCUCCGCGCGCGCGCCGUCUUCCUCCUCCGGCGCUCGCAACGGCUCGCCGCGAGCCUCUCCACGGCGCCGACGACGCCCUGGUCGGCGCCGGAACAGCCGUCGGAGUGGUCGUACGAGUACUGGGCGGCGCUCGAGGAGACGCACGCGCUGCUGGGCCACCUGCAGUCCAUCCUCGUCCGCGCGUCGAUCCCCGUCGACGGCAUCGUCGCCACGCUCGGGCUGAAGAUGUCGACGAUCGUCGCGCUCACCGCCGAGGCGGUCCUGCACCACCUCGCGCCGCCCGCCGAGGCGGUCUCGCGCGAAAUGUGCCUCGCGGCGGUGCUCAAGACGGUCGGGAUCGGGAAGACGCUGAGCGCGAGCGACUACCGCAUGAUCGAUCCGCUCGCCGGGCUGUGUUGGAUAGAGACGGCGUCGAUCGCGUUCGAGGAGAGCGCGAUGUCCACGGAGCGCCUCUGCGCGACGAACUGGGCCACGGCGCGUGCGGUGCUCGUGGGCUGCGUGCCGGCGCUGCAGAAGGCGGUCCCGUACCUUGGUGAGCACGUUCGGUGUUGGCUCGGCGCGGACGCGCUCGGGCAGAUCACCAGCUCCAAUCACCUGUUCAAUCAGCAGGCGCGCGGGCCCCGGGAUGUGCGUGGUAAAGGCGUGUAA